AUGGUGGAGGCUUACGUGCAUGAUAAUGACAAUAAGAUUGAUUUUAGAGAACCCCAUAAUUCAGGGGUCGCUGUGUCAUUAGAACGAUUGGCAAAAUUAGGAAUAGUAGCCAAGUAUUUGGAAAAGAUUGACGAUGUUGAAUUACUUGCAAAGGAAAGAAACUACAAGAACAGGGAUACUGUUAAAUUGAGUAAAAAGACAUUCAAUAAUGACGAAACUCUAUUAUUGAAUCAACUAAAUAUCUUCUAUCAAGAGCAUUUGCAUGAAGAUGAGGAAAUUCGUUACUGUAUCGAAGGAUCUGGAUACUUUGACAUCAAAGAUACGUUUACAAAUGAAUGGAUUCGUUGCAAAGUUUCCCCUGGUGAUCUAUUAAUUGUCCCUGCUGGUAUAUAUCAUAGGUUUACAUUAACAACAGAUAAUUUUAUUAAGGCGUUACGAUUAUUUAAAGAUGAACCCAAAUGGCAAGCUCAUAAUAAAUCAGGAGAUACUGACCAAAUGUCAGUUAGAAAACAAUACCUAGAAUCCAUUGGAAACUAA